AUGUUAGGGUGUAAACAUGCUUCUACUUCUAUAGAUCCUAAUGUCAAGCUCACAUUAGAGUCUGGUGAGUUGCUGGAUGACCCAAGCAUGUAUCAGCGUCUUAUUGGACGUCUCAUUUAUUUGACCAACACUAGACCUGCUUUGACAUUUGCGGUUAGUGUUGUGAAUCAGUUCAUGCAUGCACCUUGUUCUAGGAUUGAUUGGCGUUCCACUUUUGGCUUCUGUACUUUCUAUGGUGAUUAUCUUAUCUCAUGGAAAAGUAAGAAGCAGGCAGUAAUUUCUAAGUCUUCUGCAAAGGUUGAGUAUUGGGCUAUGACAUAUGGAACAUGGGAACUCAUUAAUGGCUGA